GUUUUAUCUUGCUCAGGAAUGCAGGCAGGACCUAACAAGAAGGCUAAAAGAGUUACGCUGGCAGACAAGGGGGCCCUUCUUAGCGUAGAAGAAACUUGCUUGCAGGGGCUCUUGGCAAGUGGAACGCUGUGGCCUCCUCCAGUACAGUAUUCCCAGGUCACAAGCACCGCUGCUAUUUGCUCAGUUGCUUUCUUCACGCUAAUGUUCCGGUGGCAGCGGCUGAUGCUGUGUUCCUACAGAGACCAGAACUUGGCAAUCCUUCAUUCAAGCGUUACCCAUAAAACAUGCAGUAAAAGAAGAUUCUUCAGCCUGGUCUGCUUGAAGGACAAAGUAGGCAUCAAUGGAGACUGUUGUGAUUGUAGCCAUUGGGGUAUUGGCAACCAUCUUCCUGGCUUCUUUUGUGGCCCUGGUUGUGGUGUGUAGACAACGUUACUGCCGACCCAAGGACUUCUUGAGUCACUAUGAUACCAGGCCUAUUGUUGACUUAACUGGCACCAUGGAGACACAGUCAGAACCCUCUGAACUGGAGAUGGAUGAUGUGGUCAUAACAAACCCACAUAUUGAAGCAAUCCUGGCAAACGAGGAAUGGAUUGAUGAUGCUUCGGGCCUGGUCUCUCACUGCAUUGCUAUCCUAAAGAUCUGCCACACUCUCACUGAGAAGCUUGUUGCCAUGACAAUGGGGUCAGGGGCCCAAAUGAAGUCCCCAGCAAGCCUGAGUGACAUUAUUGUGGUGGCCAAACGGAUCAGCCCAAGGGUAGACGAUGUGGUUCGAUCUAUGUACCCACCACUGGACCCCAAACUGUUGGAUGCCAGGACGACGGCGCUGCUGCUCUCGGUGAGCCACUUGGUGCUGAUCACCCGGCAUGCCUGCCACUCUCCCGGCCGCAUGGACUGGAUCGACCAAUCCUUGUCCGCGGCGGAGGAGCACGUGAGCGUGCUGCGCGAGGCAGCGCUGGCUUCGGAAGCCGAGCGGGCUGGUCCUGGUGCGGAAGGCUUUCUGCAGGAGCCGUCCCAUCCCUGUUUGUUUGGCUUAAUGUAUUUUAUCCUCAAGAUGACAGAACUGCACCGACUCUCUUGCAUCUGGAUUAGUGAUAUUGAGACAUACAUGCUGGCGUGGGGUCGUGAUUUGUAA